UCGUGCCUCGAAGCGGAUGACAUGCAGUCGACGUGCCAGCAACAGCAGGCCCAGCAGCAGCAACAACAGAACGCGAGCUCCGCCAGCCGCACGUCAUUCCUUAUCGAGGAUAUCCUGAGCAGGGGCAGCGUAGCCGCCGCCGCCGCCGCCGCCGCUGCGGCCACAGCCGUCCACUCCCAGCACAACAGCCACUCGCUUCACCAUCACCACUCGAACCAUCAUCAUGCUCUCGUCAAUUCCCAGGGACAUCAGCAACACCAGCAUCAGCAACAGCAUCACCACCACCACCAUCACCAGUACCAGCAGUUCGCCAUCAGCAGCCUCCUGCCGGGCUAUCCGACGGCGCCACCCGCGGCCGCGGCCUUCUUCCUCGGACCGCUGUUCGGCGGCGCCGGAAUGGGCGUCGGCGUCGUGCCCGGCGUCGGCGAGCUCGCCGCACUCAAGCACUGCCGACGACGGAAAGCCAGAACCGUGUUCAGCGACCAGCAGCUGGCGGGCCUGGAGGCGAGAUUCGAGGCCCAGCGCUACCUCAGCACUCCGGAGCGAGUCGAGCUCGCCGCGGCUCUCCAUCUCUCCGAGACGCAGGUGAAGACGUGGUUCCAGAACCGGCGGAUGAAGCACAAGAAGCAGCUGCGGAAGCUCGGCAGCGCGAGCUCCUCCGGUCAGUCUAGCGGACAGCCGCAAGGCACCACGGGACAGUCGAUCUCGGCCACCUCGCCUGCCGAGCGGCCAGUGGACUUCUCCCUGGGAAGCGGCAGUCGCGAGAGUCGAGGAUCGAGCGACGCCAUUGCCGACUCCGACGAAGACGAGAUCGACGUGCUCGGGGACGAGAGUCCGGGCUCGCCGCCGACGGUUGCGAAGGAACAGCCACUCCAUCAUCACUCGAUGCACCAGCAGGUCGUUGGCCUCGCACACCACCAGCGCCAUCAUCGCUGA